CCAGCUUUUGGACAGCUUCACAUGCGGAUUGCCAUAUCGAACAUCAAGGCAUUGGUUAGUGAAUACCUAUAAUACAUCAUGGAGCAGCAGUAGCUGAGUGCGCUUCGUACAACCAAGGCGACGAACGUCGACAGCCAGAAAGAGAGGAGAAGAAGUGCAAUCAUUUUGGAAUUGAACUAAUUAUUCAGUGAUGAAAUCAAUCCAAACGUCAGAUCAGCAGCUGGCCAACUCAGGUGGCUGGGGCAUUGGGCAUUCUUUGAGCGAUCGACGCACUUAUAAAAGUGAAGUUAUCCAAGGAAAUGUAUCUCAAACCAAAGUUGUAAUCUUCUAAGUGCAGGUCGACACAAAAUGAUGUUCGCAAAGGUUGUUCUGUCAAUCUGCCUGGCUGCCGUAGCUCAGGCAGGUCAUCUUUACGGGGGCCAUGGAUACGGGGCCAUUGGAGGACUCGGUGGUGGAAUCAGCCUGGCAGCUGCCCCGUCGAUCUCGUACGCUGCGGCAGCCCCAGCUGUCUCAGUGUCGUACGCUGCUCCUAAACUAGUUGCCGCCGCUGCUCCUGCGAUAUCAGUUUCUGCUGCACCAUCCAUCUCGUAUGCCGCUGCCCCAUCCAUCUCGUAUGCUGCUGCUCCUUCCAUCUCAUACGCUGCUGCCCCAUCAAUUUCUUACGCUGCUCCAUCGAUUUCUUAUGCUGCCGCUCCUUCCGUAUCGUAUGCAGCUGCUGCUCCUUCCGUGACGUAUGCAGCUUCUGCUCCUUCCGUGACGUAUGCAGCUGCUGCUCCUUCCGUAACGUAUGCAGCUGCUGCCCCAGCUAUAAGUAUCGCUCGACCAGCACCAGUGGUCGUUUCGGCACCGGCUCCAGUUGCAGUAGCUGCUCCCGCACCAGUUGCUGUGGCUGCUCCCGCACCAGUUGCAGUUGCCGCUGCUCCAGUCAUUAAGGCCAUCGUUCCAGAACCAGUUGAUCCAAAUCCACAAUACAGCUUCAGCUACGGAGUGUCCGACCCAAGCACCGGUGAUUCCAAGUCAGCCUCCGAAUCUCUCAAGGACGGAGUGGUCCAUGGAAGCUAUUCGUUGAGUGAACCUGACGGUUCCAUUCGCAAGGUCACCUACACCGCCGACAAAAUCAACGGAUUCAAUGCUAUCGUCCAAAAAUCAGCCGGAGUCAUCAACGCUGGUCCACUCAAAGUAGCAGCUGUAGCCGCUCCGGCUCCAGUUGCUGUAGCUGCUGCCCCAGUAGCAGUAGCUGCCCCAGCUCAAAUUGCAGUUGCAGCUCCAGCUCAAUAUGCAGUUGCUGCCCCAGCACCACAAAUCACUUAUGCCGCCGCUGCUCCCACUGUUGUCGCUGCCCCAAGGGUGACCUACGCCGCAGCAGCUCCAACGUACGUAGCCGCAGCUCCGGCUAUCUCUAAAGUGGCAUACGCUGCAGCUGCCCCAUCGUUCGUAGCAGCGGCUCCAGCCGUCUCUAGGAUCUCUUAUUCGGUUGCCGCUCCAAGUGUGAGUUAUGCCGCUGCUGCGCCAACGUAUGUAGCUGCAGCUCCAGCCAUCUCCAAGAUUGCCUACGCUGCUGCCGCCCCUACGCUUGUUGCCUCGGCUCCAGCCUACUCAAAAAUCGCCAUCGGUGGCGGUGGACUUGCAUUAGGCGGACUCUCAUUAGGUGGAGGAAUCUCCUACGGCCAUGGACUCUCCUUAGGACACGGAUACCAUUGAGAGCUGCGGCGGCAAUACUUAGCCGGCCCCUGCACUUAUUAAUUCGACGAGCGCUUUAAUCAUGGACAAUUUAUUUUAUCUUUUUAUGUUUCAUUUUUUUAUUUUAUUUUUAUUUUUUUUUGUAAUAUAACGCGAUAUAGAAAAUGAUAUACAAUAUGAAAAUAAUCAUCAUACAAUUUAUAUAAUAUUUUAUCUACUCAGUCUAUUCAUAAUAAUUAAUUAUUUUUUAAUUUUUAUAAAAACAUAUAUAUUUAUACCUAUAUAAUAUAUGUAUGUAAUCGUUAAACAAAACAAGACAAACAAAGAAAAGAAAAAAAGCGAUGAGAGCAAAGCAAAACAAAACAAGACCUCUAAUAGUGAAUUACCCUGCAUUUACUGGAAUAAAGAAAUUCAGUACAAAAAUAAAUAAAAAAUUAAAAAAAACUUAACUCUUUUUUUCUUAAUAG